AACUCAAAAUGGCCGCAGUGUGGCAGCAGGUUCUUGCUGUGGAUGCAAGAUUCAAUGCAUAUAGGGUGCCAAAUAAUCCACAGUUUAGAACUCUGUACAUUCGGCGGCGAAGUCAGUUGCUAAGGGAGAAUGCUAAAGAAGAGCAUGAUCCUUUGGUUCGAAAAGAAUAUCUGAAACUAAGAGCGCAGCUGCUAGCAGAACGUUACGGAACACCUCCCCUAUCUGAUCAGGGGAGUAUAAAGAGCCGCAGCAUCAGCAGAAAUGAGAGUUUUGACUCUGCUGAUAUGGAGGGUCGCACCAGGAGGAGAUAUCAGAGCAGUAGCAAACUGUCUCCACAUGGGAACAUACUGGAGGGGGUGGUACCUACACAUGCUGCAGAAGCCAGCAGAGCCAUGGCUGGUGGAAAAACCAUAAGUGAAAACUAUGCCUUUGCUGGGAUGCAUCAUAUUUUUGACCAGCACAAAUCUGCAGUUGUGCGAGUAGAAUUUGCUCAUGAUGACAAGUCGCGUGUGGCUUGUUGUUCCAUGGAUGGCCAAAUCUCUAUUUGUCAGGUUAUCCCUCCCCCAGCCACUGUGAUCUGUGUCCUGACUGGGCACACAAGUGGAGUCACAGACUUUGCCUGGUCUGUCUCCAAUGACAUCCUCUUGUCCAGUUCUUUAGAUGGCACAGCUCGUCUGUGGGAGGUUGCAGGAGGCAAGUGUAUCAGGACAGUGGAGGACGCAGCAGGGGCAGAGGUCUUGUGCUGCAAGUUCCAGCCUUCAAAUAACAACAUGUUUGUUAUUGGUACCAGCAAAUGUCAAGUCAGUAUGAUGAAUGUUUCAACAGGUAAAUGUGUAAAGGGUGGUAGUAGCAAGGUGCUUGGCAGAAUCCUGUGCCUGGACUUUGAACCAACAGGAAAGAUCCUCUGGACAGGAGAUGACAAGGGGUUCAUCUUUGCUUUCACUUGUGACAUUGCAACUGGGAAGCUGAUAAAGACAAAAAGAAUAACAGUUUGUGAAAGCCGUCCAGUCACCAGUAUCUCAGCACGUACAUGGAUGAGUCGGGAAUCCAGGGACCCAUCUCUUCUGGUGAACUGUGGGGUCAAUGCAUUGUGUUUAUUCAGGAUUACCAGUCCAGAUGGUGGUUUACAGCUUAAGAAAAAGUUUCCAAUCAAACAAAAAAACCAAAUUAUUCGCUCAUCUUUUUGUCCUCUGAUGUCAUUCAGACAAGGUGUUUGUGUGGUGACAGGAAGUGAAGAUAUGUGUGUGUAUUUCUUUGAUGUUGAAAAAGACCAGAAGCAAUGUGUUAAUAAACUCCAAGGCCAUUCUGCAGCUGUACUAGAUGUGUGUUUCAACUAUGACGAGAGCUUGUUGGCCUCCUGUGAUGCUGAAGGAACUGUGAUCAUUUGGAGCAGGGAACAAAAAUAAUUACUAUCAUACACAGAGCAGAAAGAAUUAAGGGAUCAAAUACAAAGAUAUAGCUUUCAACUUUUUUCCCCUUGCUGUCACAUUGAAAUGGUAAAUAUCAUGCGUAGUCUUGGCUACAGCCAGUCUUGGUUACAUUCCAUGAAAUCCAAGAGUAAUUAUCAAUUUUUAACAACUUAUUUAGAAAAAAUGACAUUCAAGUUAUGCAGAUACCAUGCUAUAAUUUUAUCUCUAAGGGGGCAUUAUGGCGAUCUUUUGUCCUUAGUUUUUUUUUCAUUGCAUGUUGGACAAACUAUUAAUCAGGUUGAUUGUGGUAAGAGCUUAAGUUAUGUGUACAUCUUAUUUAAACAACAUCAUGGCUGUCAACUGACAGGUUACAGCUAAAAAGUAUUAUUAUCUGUAUUAUGCUGUCCUGCUCUUGCAGUCACCAGAUUUCUUUCUAGUACUUUUCCUUCAUGCAGGAAAAUGUAGAAUAACAUGGUCAUUCUUAAUAUAACUGUAAGUUAAAUACAUUUUCUCAUUUGGUACUUGUUGCUAAGGUUACUUUAACAGCAAAAAAAAAAAAAAAAAAAAAA